CUUGGCCCGCUGACAUCGCCGACCCCAAUUCUCUCUUCCCUCUCGAGGUCCCAUGUUUGUGCAGAUGCGACCAUGGAUCAUGGAUGAGAUGGUGUCUGAACACGGGAAUUCAUCAUGUUUCCAUGUUUCCAUGCCCAUGCCAUGCCUGUGUGCUGUGUCCAACUUCUUUCCCGCCAUCCAUCUCUCACCUCAUCACGUUGUCGGUAAUGUCCGCUCUUGCUGCAGCGACACACGGCAUGGCAUAAACUAUGGCCAGCCUAUAUCCCUUACGGCCACGGCAGAUUUAAGCUUUCGAUCCAGCGUCUCUCGUGUCCCCCUCCAGAGGUUAUAAAUCACUGCGUCGCUUAGCCUUUCCGUCAUUCCCAUUCCCUCACCGUCCAACAGCUAACACAACACACUCGCAGUUUUACUCGUUCCACUAUCCACACCUCGAGAUAUGUCCAACUCCAGCAAGCCCAACUCUGCCUCCUCGUCCUCCAGCUCGUCCCCGCACCCGGGCAUCGUCGCGCUCCCGAGCAUGACCCACUCGCUCGCAUCGCUGCCCAACAUGUCCUCGCUGCCCCAGGACAUGCUGCACUACAGCAACGGCGCGUACAGCAAGCAAAAGCUGGACCAGAUGCUCGCGCGUCAGCAGCACCACAACUUUGCGUCACCCCCAUACCACAGCCAGGGCUAUGACGUAGAGCGCACUCCCAGCCCCGAUGAUCAUAUCACCGUGCGCUGCAGGCAGCAGCAACAGCAACAGGGCACCGCCGGCCGGAGGUGAAUGGGCCGCAGUGCUCGUAUCGCGUCUCCACACCCUCGACUCGCGUUCCGUCUCGCUAUCGCUCCCCCCGUUUUCAACUCCGAGUGUCCCCUGUCCCUUCUCUCAUUCUCGGUUCGGUCCUUGUCCUGGCUUGAAAUUCUAGAUUCCGGUUUUGCGUUCUGCGAUAGAUAACCACCAAGCACCCCAUACACAACCUCGUCCACCCCUGCCCCACUCGUCCACGCCGAACCCACCCUUCUUCUCUCCUGCUCUUCCUCGCCACACACACCUAUACACUCGUACAUUCGCGUCGACCACCCCGCUCCACUCUGCCCGCAGGUUACCGAUCAGCGAAGCCACCCUCUCGCCUCUUGCACUCCCAGCUCCCGGCCUCUUCAACCCAGCCGGGAAGGCCCGUUUCCUCUCUCGACCGCACACCGCUCCAGAAGCAUCCCAGGCUUGAUUCGACAGCCAGCACACCCGUGACGUACAACGCAUACGCAUACGUAAACGGACCUGCACGCAUGCUUCAAACUGAUCCGUGCUCACUGGCCCGCCUAGCUGCGGGUGCACGGUCACGUUUCACGGUCACGGUCGAUGAUGCAGGAGAUGGACGGUCCAUUGUCCAUUGUCCCCGCGUUCUCGACCCCGCCGGGGUCUUUAGCGCGGCCGGGGAACUCGAAGGAGCUGGGCCUGAGGCAUUUGAGCACAAUUUAGGCAUCCGGUGUCGGCGAACCCCACAGAGGCUAACUUACUGCAACCGUGCCUGGGAAGCUGGGUACUUCCGGGUGCUCACGCUGGGCGUGCGUCGCCGUUCGCGGCACGGUGUUGUGAGUCGGCACUGGGCGGGUUGUGCAGCAGGGUGAGAGGCUCGUGCGCUGUGGUCGUGUGCUUGGGAUCCUGUGGAAGGAGAGAAGAAAACCCAAAAGUACACCACAGCCUAUGCGCUCAUUGAGGAUAGAUAUCGCUGAUAAUCUCGUGUUCUCUCGCUCUCGUCUUGCUUUCAUCUCCACCUCUCUUCUCUUACAUAUUUAAUGGCUCGUCUCUCAUGCGUACGUACAUACAUACAUCCAUCACUCAACCUUGGGGUUCCUUGGAAGAAUGGGGCCGAGACACCAGGACUCUUUCUCUUUUUCUAGACACAUCCUCCACUUCUCCGUUCUCGUCUUUGUCUGUCCAGCCUCAUUUCAUCAUACCUUCCACAUCUCAUCUCAUUAGACUAUUCCCCGCCUUGCUUCACUUCUUGUAUCACCGUCUCCCGCUCUGCUCUGUAUCGUCGCUCUCCUCAUUCGCCACCAUUGAUACCGUGUUCGCAUGUCACUCAUCUCAUU